AUGAUAGAUAUCGCGGCUCUAAAUGCUUUUAUUUUAUGGAAAGCGAAAAAUCCAGAAUGGAAUCGAAAUAAGAGAUAUCAACGGCGAUUAUUUUUAGAAGAACUUGGACUUAGUCUAAUAACACCUCUGUUGGAUUUUCGUUCAAAAAACUCAAAAUUUCCACAUAAAGAUAUUCAAAAUGCUUUAGCUAUUGUUGGUCAUCCUAUAACGAGAAGAAAUUCAGAAGAAUCAAAUGAAGAUUCUGCACAAGGAAAACGAAAACGGUGUUCAAUGUGUGAAACAUCUAAAGACAGAAAAACUUCAACUAAAUGUUAUAAAUGUUCUGCAUUUGUUUGUAACGAACAUAAUGCUAUUAUUCAUCAAUCUUAUUUUGGCGAUGAAAUUUCUCUUCGACAAGGUGAUAUUGACGAUGUCUUUCGGAAUGCUAAACAUAUUUUAGAAGAUACAUUAUACAUUGGUGGUCAAGAACAUUUUUAUAUGGAAACAAAUUCUUGUAUAGUUAUACCAUCAAAUGAUGAGAAAGAAAUAACUUUAUAUGCAGGAACACAAGAUCCUACUUCUGCUCAAGAAAUAAUAGCGUUUGUUCUUGGACGAAAUGUUAAUCAUGUAACAUGUCAUGUCAAAAGAAUUGGUGGAGCAUUUGGUGGCAAAGGAACAAGAUCUCAUCCUCUGUGUGCUGCUGUUGCAGUAGCUGCUGUUAAACUUGGCACACAUAGGAUUUCAACUGAUGAUCAAGAUACACCAAUUUCGAUCUUACCUCCACUUAAUCAACAACAUCACGAUCCUCAACAUCAAAUUUAUAAUGAACAAGGUCAAGAGAUCGGAUCAAUGAAUAUUAAUAAUAAUGAUGAAUUUACAUUAGUUAAAAGUAACAAAAAGAAAAUUAAAACAAAUCAUCAAUAUUAUCAAAUUGCUGCGCCUGCGAACAAAAAUAGUAUUGUAACUAAGACAUCAUCUCAAGGUAAUCCUCUUAUACCAAAUACAAGUCAAACAAAUUCACAUAAUCGUGAAAAGAAUAUGAAAAAUGUUAUUUCGGAAUAA